AUGGCAGACCGAGAGGAUAAUGUUACAAUUCCUGAGUUGAACUCCCUUCUCCAAAUGGAUCCCUACCUCAAACCCUACGAGAAGGACUUCAAGCGGAGGUAUGGGCUGCUGCAGAAGCAGCUCUUCCUGCUCGAAGAGGCGGAGGGAGGCUUCGACCAGUUCACGCGCAGCUACAGGACCUUCGGGGUGCAGCGACAGCCUGACAACAGCCUGUUCUUUCAAGAGUGGGCUCCGGCUGCUGAGGCCCUCUUCCUCACCGGUGACUUCAACGGCUGGGACAAAUUCGCCCACCCUUACACCAAGAAAGAUUAUGGCAAGUGGGAGCUGACUCUGCCACCCAAACAUGACAGAUCUCCAGCCGUGGAUCAUAACAGCAAACUGAAGGUGGUAGUUCACACCAAAGAGGGGGAGCGCUUUUACCGAAUCUCACCCUGGGCAAAAUAUGUGACCAGGGAGGAGAAAUCUGUCAUCUAUGACUGGGUUCACUGGGAUCCUCCUCAACCUUACAUUCACGUCCAUCCUCGUCCAAAGAAGCCCAAGAGCUUGCGAAUCUACGAGUCUCACGUGGGCAUCGCCUCACCUGAGGGGAAGAUUGCAUCAUACACCAACUUCACAACCAAUGUGCUGCCUCGUAUAAAAGACCUGGGUUACAACUGUAUUCAGCUGAUGGCCAUCAUGGAGCAUGCCUACUACGCUAGUUUUGGAUAUCAGAUUACAAGUUUCUUCGCUGCUUCCAGCCGCUACGGCACCCCAGACGAGCUGAAGCAGCUGAUCGAUGUGGCUCACUCCAUGGGCAUCAUGGUGCUGCUGGACGUGGUCCACAGCCACGCCUCCAAAAACACAGAGGACGGCCUCAACCAGUUCGAUGGCUCUGACUCAUGCUUCUUCCACGCUCCGCCCAGAGGGGAGCACAGCCUGUGGGGCAGCCGCCUCUUCAACUACUCCAGCUGGGAAGUGCUCCGCUUCCUGUUGUCAAACCUGCGCUGGUGGAUGGAGGAGUAUCGUUUUGAUGGUUUCAGGUUUGAUGGAGUGACCUCCAUGCUGUAUCACCACCAUGGCAUCGGCUCAGGCUUCUCAGGGGACUACAGCGAGUACUUUGGCCUACAGGUGGACGAGGAGUCUUUGGUUUACCUGAUGCUUGCCAAUCACAUUUUACACACCCUUUAUCCUGACUGCAUCACCAUCGCAGAGGAUGUGUCAGGGAUGCCUGCACUCUGCAGAGGAGUGGCAGAGGGAGGACUUGGUUUUGAUUACCGUCUGGCUAUGGCCAUUCCAGAUAAGUGGAUCCAGAUCCUGAAGGAGUUUAAGGAUGAGGACUGGAACAUAGGCAAUAUCAUCCACACGCUGACCAACAGGCGCUACGGAGAGAACUGCAUCGCCUACGCGGAGAGUCACGACCAGGCUCUGGUCGGUGACAAGACUCUGGCCUUCUGGCUGAUGGACAAGGAAAUGUACACCAACAUGAGCUCCCUGAUUCCCAUGACACCCAUCAUCGACCGCGGCAUCCAGCUGCACAAGAUGAUCCGCCUCCUCACUCACGGCCUGGGUGGAGAGGGCUACCUCAACUUCAUGGGGAAUGAGUUUGGCCAUCCAGAGUGGCUCGAUUUCCCCAGAGAGGGGAACAAUCAGAGUUACCACUAUGCCCGGCGGCAGUUUAACCUAGUGGACAUGGAUCACCUCCGCUACUGUCAGCUCUACGCCUUUGACCGGGACAUGAACCGCACCGAGGACAAGUAUGGCUGGCUGGCUGCCCCACCGGCCUAUGUCAGCGCCAAGCAUGAAGAGGACAAGGUCAUUGUGUUUGACAGGGCAAAUGUUCUUUUUAUCUUCAACUUCCAUCCCACUAAGAGCUUCCAGGACUACAGGGUGGCUGUAGAGGCUGCAGGAAAAUACAGAAUCAAGUUGGACUCGGAUGAGGCGCAGUAUGGGGGUCACGGACGGCUGGAGCACAACACCGAGUUCUUCACGGAACCGCAGCCCUUCCACGGUCGCUCCCACUCCAUGAAGGUCUACAUCCCCUGCAGAACAGCUAUUGUCCUGGCCAACGAGGAGAUAGAUUACUGUUAUUAGGGCGCCGACCGUCUCCACAGAGACCAGGAUCGGGAAUGGAUUCCAACCUCAGCCUGAGUGUUAACAAUCACAUUCAUCUUUAAGUGUCAACCUUGCACAUCAACCAAACCCACUUUUUUUGUGUUUGAGUCUUUCCCUAAGUGAAAAAACAUUGUGAGCUUCUGUGUGUUUUCAAACACCAUCUGCACCCGUAGAUGCCGUGUAACCCCAUUCAGUGCAGAUUGGUCCAUUUGGGAAGAGUCCAACCUCGCCAGCAGCUAGAUGCUAAAACUCAAAACCCUGCCGAGUCCAUCCACCACUAGCCAGUGGCCAUUUAUAGGCUCUGUUGAAUUUGGCGUGUGAUCUGAAACACAUGACUGGUAAUUGUGGCAGAGGGAAGAGACACAACAACCACAUGUUUCCGCCGAUUCUCAUAUGAUAAGGCUUAGAGAAAAGAAUGAAUCUUGCAGCGUUAUUUAUGUUGAAAUACAUUUUAAUUUUAAAUUUUAUGAGUGAUUUUUGUAUUUAAGUUCUUCUAAUACUGUGGUGUCUAAGACACCAAAGGAGGUACCGCACCACCAGCACUGCACUUGAAAAUCAAUACGUCCAGGUAUUUAAUGGCUUGCACACCAUCAUUAUAAAAUCAUGUUGUGGGAUAUAUUAAGUAUACACAUUGUAAUUUGCACAAAGUAAUAACCUGCUUUGAAUUGUUAUACUGUAAUGGGUAUCUAAUACAGUUGUGGUGUAAUAUUUGAAUUUAUGCAGCUACCGGGAACAUUUAUGUAGUUAUUCAUGGCCCACUUAUUAAGCCAGUGAUUUGCAGCUAAAGCAAUGUGAUAAAAUCACCUAAUUUGGAUUGUUCACCGUGUGUUGCAUAUGCACAGUACACUAGUAGCAAUUUUGGCUGAGUGACACAGAUGAUGAGACUGAACGGCACAGAUGAGCAGUCCUUUUUUCAAUCUGGUCUUUAUUGUCUUCAUUCCUCUGUGCAAAAAGUAUCGUGUAGCUUUCUCAUAGUGUAGGUCGCACUAUAAUAGUUUGCACAGCCCAAAAAAAAAAAAAAAAAAAAAAAAAAAAAGUGCCAUGAAGUUCACUAACAGAAGUUAAUCGUUGGAGGGUUUUAGACACAUUAGUCUGUCUGUGAGGAGAUAGUCUCCAGAAGUCGAAUGAAUCUCUGCCUUUUUACGAGCACAACCGUCACAACUGAUCAUUUCAUGUUAUCCAUAUUCAGAGAAGUAUGACUCACAUAUACCAUGUUCAUUAGGCGACAUUCCCCUGGGUUUACUGUAACUGGCUGUGCUCUCUGGAGAGACAGAUAUAGCUGAAAUUCACACAGCCGUCAUCGAACAACCUGUGCCUCUUUCAGUUAUCUUUGACUCAGUGACUUUUGUCACAAAAAACACAUACACACACACACACACACACACGCAACUCUCAUGAUCACUCAUCUAAUCUUGACUGAACAGAUUCAAAAUUACAGCUGCUUUGCUUUCCCAAUUUUACCCAAAUUGUUUUGUGAGAAGGUUAUUGAGUAGCUAAAAUAAAAAAAAAAUAAAAAAUAAAAAAAGAGAGAGAGCCAAAUGACUACCUAGGAUUAUCAGGUAGCAUUGGGUUAUGGUUACUAUUUUACGACUGCUAAGCUCACUCAGGCAAAAUGUACGGGUCAUUAAAAUGGUAUUUUAUAUGACUUUGGUUUCAUGUUUUUUCAGGUGAUGUUUUGCAAAUGACUGUGGUGGUGGGAGAGAAAAAAUGCAAUCUGUUUCAAGCCUUGACGCCUCUUGGUUUCCAUCCUUAAUCUAAAAACCCUUGUUGCAACAUAAAAUGGAAGUGCCAUUGUUCACUGUUGCUAUUGGAAAAGGUUCAGUAUUCUGCACACGUUUUUAUCAAAGUAAUGUUGCUCUAAGUGAAAGACAAGAGCUGAUUUUGGGCGUCUCACAUAAAAACUAAUACCUUGAUUUACUGCCAAGGAUGCUGUAAUUUUGUGAUCUAAACCUAUCUGCAUUAGCGCAGAUUCUCAGCUAUUUAAACCGGUGUAUUGUAGCAUAUGGCAGGUUUUGAUCUGCCUUCCCUGCAGCUGAAGAAAAAUGCAUUUAUAUUCAGCACCAUCCUCCCGUGUUUAGCCAAAAGUAUCGUGAGCACGUCAUUUCUUUUUGUAUAACACCGAAGCAUUCAAAAAUGCCUUUUUCCACCUCUCGAAAAAGCAUAGAGAGGAUCACUCUGCAUAAAUUUCAAGUAAGCCCAGUUGUGAGACUGAAGUGGAGUGUUUAAUCAUCCCUCUCAUCUGACCCAAUGUCAUUGUCAUUUUACCACUGCCAAAAUGAAUUGUCUGAAUUUAUUCUCAAAAGUAAAAUUGAUGUCUGAUACACAGUAA